GUCUUUUGUGAGAAGCUUCGUGUCUGGCUCCGUAAGUUAAACCUCUUUUCUUCUCUUUCUCUUCUUCUUAGCUCUCCCGGUUGCCUCUUCUCUUGCACCCGUUUCCUGUCUCUCUCUUUUCGGUCAUCGUUCUUUCCCCGCGAGGACCUUGACGGAGCAGCCUGCCCGGAGAAAUCUUUUCGGCUCCUUCGAAAGUCCCUGUCUUUUAUGUAUUCGAUGUCGUCCCAAGAGGAUGCAGACUUUUCUGAUGCUUCUCGAUGAUACCGGGAUCCUCUUGGCUCAUAACCAGUCCUUCGCGAAGGAAUGUCACGUGGACGAAAUUAUCGUGACGGACAAAGACAAGAUGUCUAAUGGUAGCCAGCAGCAGCAGCAACAGCAGCGAUCGGCCUACGUGGAGGCGCACGCGGUGGCUCAUGCCGCAGUACAGCAACACAUGGCACAACAAGCUGCACAAGCGAGACUAGCCGGACCUGGACCACCUGCGACGCCUCAAACACCUAACCCGACCUUCACCCUUCCCGAUGACGGUUUAGGCUACGAUGAUGGGGUACGGGUGCUUCGUUCCAUCGGGACCUGGUCUCCAGAUUACUCGGCAGCAAUGCGACCCGGUGGAGUGAUGCCUCCUUUCCCCGGUGCGAUGGAUCAACAGUUUGGGAGCAGGGCUCCGACAGUGAACCAGCCAUUAAGGACAACAAACAAUGUAACUUCACGCCCAGGAUUCGCGUCAAAGGCUACCAAUACAGGCGAACCAGCGAUAAAGGCGUUCGCUUGCACAGUCUGUGGUAAAGGCUUAGCCCGUAAAGACAAACUCGUCAUCCACAUGCGUAUUCACACUGGAGAGAAGCCAUAUUCCUGUGAAGUUUGUGGAAAGGCGUUUGCACGUAGAGACAAGCUGGUUAUUCAUAUGAACAAGCUCAGACAUAGACCUGGAGUAGCGCCUCUCUCUACCCCCACGGCUCCCAAUUCGGAUCAACAACAGCAGCAGCAGCAACAGCAGCAACAAACUCAGCAACAGCAGCAGCAGCAGCAACAACCACCACAGCAACCACAGACACGUCAGGAUACUAUACAUAAGUUGAAGGAGGAACCUGUUAGUUGGGCAUGUGAAUUAUGCGGUAGAGCAUUGGCUACGAGGGAGGAAUGGAUGCAGCAUGCUAGAUCUCAUUUAGAAGCAUCUGCUCCGCCACAGCACGCAGCGCCAUAUUUUCCAGGAUCCGCGCCUCCGCCGCAACCGUACGCAUCAGAAAGGCACUUCUGCCUGAUGUGUCGUACAGAUUUUACAGAUAAGGCUGAAUUUAUGUUCCACGUACGUUCCCAUUUCGAACCUCACGCGCAGCAAACGCCGCCACAACAUUCGAGUGGCAAACAAGCCGGCGAUCCAGCGACCGCGGAGCUGAUCGCACGCGGUCUGGUCGAUCCUUCGGGAUUAUGCAGCUAGAAUUAUCCUUCCUGUAAUUACACGCCAUCGAUUCGUGUCUUACCAUAGUACAAGUUCACUACUCCAUUUUGACCAGGACUUUUACAUAGGAUGUCAUGCAUAUUGUGAUUGUAAUGAAUAUACUGAUUUAUUAACAAGAGGUGCACAGUAGUAUAUUCAUGUACAGAUAUAAAUACACUCAAUUCCGGUGCUUCUUUUGUAUUUUCAGGGAUAUUUAAACAUCGUUAACAUAUUUUCUACCAGCACCCAAUUGGACAUUCAAUUUGAUCAUCGUUGAAUACCAAUUUAUUUUAAAAAAAUAAUUUAAUAUAAUUUUUAACUGUAUACCUCAUUAAUAUAUUAUAUUAUAUUUUUAGCUAAUAUGAUAAAGUUUGAUUUUUAUCUGUUUUAAAGUAUGAGAAAUCGCUGGUAGCGAAUGUGUUAAUUAAUUGUUUCAAUAUUGCACUUCCGUAUGUAGUCAUUCGAUCGCUGGUAAUAAGUCAAUAGUUACAAAGCGCUCGCAUAAUUUCUGGCAAGAAAGAGGAAUAGUAUUUUUCACUCACGCAACAUAUCACAUAACUGAAAAAUGUAUAGAACUUGAAUGAUCAUAAAAAUACUACUGUGUAUCCCGAAUAUGCAUGGGCGCGGUGGAAUUCGUGAUACAUGGUGCACAAAGUAUCGCCAUUUUCUCACUUGUAUCACUUAUUUCACUGUACUCUUUGUAACGAAGACAUAAUACGUUAUUCGUCAAAUAUUUAGGUAUUGACGCGGUACUGAUCUCUGCUAUAAUUUCACUAUUGCGUCAGUAUUUAAGUGUGAUUACUUAAUAGUAUACGUUCCUACAUAGCUAGCUUCCCGCCGUUUUUAGCCAUUAGCAGUAUCCGCAAUAUCAGAUGUACAGGUUUGUUCUCAAUGCUAUCCUGUUUGUUCAUUUUAUUCGUGAAAUAACUGUUUUUAUGAUUAUAUUGUUAUUUCAGCGACAUACAACACAAUGCGUUACAAUUACAGGUAACUAUAUAACAUUAUAUAGUUAAGUAGUUUGUUUAACACAUUGUCUGCCAUGAUGUAGGUGUUGAAAAUUUUAUUAGGUAAAAUUUUAAUUUUUAACAAAUAUUUACAAAAAAAUUUCUAAUAAUAUGGAUAGUGGAAUGCCAUAGAAAUUUAACGUAUUUAACUUGGGACAAUUUUUUGUCUAAGGGGAUGGAUCUAAUUUGUCAGGACUUAGAUCCCAGGUUCGUCUCACAGAGAGUAGAUCUACGGUCUUCAAUCACAACGUAUCAAGUGUCACCCACAUGUGGGUGAUGUGGCAGUCAACGUGUUAAACCAGAAGUAUACGAUCAUGUUUUUAUAUUAUUUUCUUGAUCAUGUGAUUCGUUUCCUUUUUUUCAUUAAGCUCGAUGAUCUUCCAAAGGCAGUGUAUUAUUAGCCGCAUUAUCAAUUUGUAAUACCAAACGUGUAGUUUUUACUGUGGUAUAGAGUAAGUGUUGACAAUAUUACUGGUACAAACAUCUCCGGAUGUUUAUAUUCUUAAUCGAGUCUAGAGCAAGCGAUUGAUUAUUUUUAAUUAUCGAAUCUUUUUACUGUACACUUGAAAUCUUGUUUCCUGUUAUUAAUCACUGAUCCUCGGUACCUGAUGUACCAACGUGUACUUAAUCAGGGAAGAAACAAAAGUUGGUUUAAUCUAACAAUUUUAUAACGAAUGCAAUUUUUAGAUUUUCUUUUUUUAAAUUGUACAUUUGAUUAGAGUUAGUGUUUCGUUUUUAAUUGUCUAUCUGAACGGUCUGGCGUUAUUCUUGUGAAAUAUUGUUAGAAUCUCGAAGGACAAUAAUUAAACGUCACUCCAUUUUUAUUUCUUUAUCAGGCUACAGUAUCACGAUACAAUAUUAUUGUUUUGUCAAGUGUCUCGUAAGAGAGACUGCAUUGUGAACAAACUGUCUCUUACCGAUUAAACUUCAUAGAAUUCGCUUGUACAGCGCUUAUUUCCUCUCGUCUUUAGAAUAGGAUUUUUAGAUAGCCAGCGCGAUCAUAUUUGCGAAACUGCCGUGCCUCCUGCCUCACGUACCAUCCCACUUCCGGCUUCUUUUCGAUCCAAAUUCAACUUCCGGGACAACGGUGCCUAAAAUGGUAUACUUCAAAAAGCUAAGCCUACCCGUUAGGUAUAUAUUUUGUAUAAUUCUAACUAGUGCAAUAUAGAGUUAAUCGAGUUGACAAUAGUUGCAAAUCGUUGCGAAGAAAAAUUUGUACGGAAUGUUUAGAAAAAAUUUUGUCGAAAUUUAGAAAUAUAUUUAGAAAAAUGUUAAAUGACAUAUGGAUUUAAAAGUAUUUUGUUUUUGAAUUAUUAUAGGUAACAAUUUCUCUGUUACUUAUAAAACGAUUAUGUUAAUUAUUUUAAUCCAUCGAGUGUUUUCUUGUGAAAAUAAUUAAUAACAAAUUUUUAAUUAAAAUGCAACUUAAAUGAAUUUACAUUUAUUGAAUGUUUUUUUUUCUGUGAAAAAUAUUGAUUUAAAAAUAACAGAUUUUAAAUUGCAAAACAAUUUCAAAUUAUUUACUAUUAAUUAAGCACAAUCUUUUCUAAACAUUGUGUACAGAAGAUAAAAGUGAAGAAAACGACAAAGUUUGCGAGUAAGAAGAAAAGAAGAAACCAUUCGCGCGACGAGCAGCGUCGUUUAUAGCGGUUUAAUUAAAAUCGAUGUAAAAAGAAAAGAAGAAAACGACAAAAAAAAAUACCGGCCUUUCGUCUAACGCAAUUGUAAUGACAUUUUUUACAUAGUUUGUACGUAUUUAGAAUAACAAAGCGUUCGAGCCUCGAGAAAGAAAGUUACGCCUCGUGGGUUCGCGUCGAAACACUGAAAAUCUCAGUGAUUUUCAUCGUGUCAGAAAAAUGUUUUAUGUACGAUCGGGAAUUUGUGCGCGAGAAUUUUCACCUUUUUGAUAUUCCUGUAUCGUGUAUGAUCAACGAUACCUAUCGGGAACAUGCAAUUAAGGAGUGUAACCAGCAUGAAGGUGCAAUUAAAAGCUGAUCCGCGGUCAGAUUUUCAGGAAGUAGCAUGUCUGAGUAUGUAAAUGCUUGGCAUAGAAGAAUGGAAAUCGUUAGAUCGCAAUAAAUCCAUCGUGGAUCUAGCGUGAUCUAUGUUUUCUGAAUUCAUUCUUGUUUCUAAAAAGGAUUCCGUACAAAACGAUGAUCAUUAUCGGUGACGUAAAGACGUAAUGAUUUAUACUGUAGUACUUUGUACGAUCAGAGUGGAAUGCUAUAUUUGAUAGACGUAUAUAGUGCCUUUUCUCUGGGACUUGAAAUCCGACUUUGCUCUGAUCACUUGAAAAAUUGAAACGUGUUGAGGAGGCACAUUGGCAUAAGAUUUGAAAACAAAAAAAAAAAAUAUGAAAUGAAAUUGUACGAUAAGUUAGAUUAUA